UUGGUACGUCAAGGGUGUUUUGCAGUUCCCCUGUCGUGUCCUCACUCACCUAGUCAAUGCAGAAAAUAUAGGAGGAGGAGUGACUUGCUCCUGCUUGAUAUAUUAUAUCAUCUCGUAAAGACAUCUGCUGUAUUUCUUUAUAUUUGUUCUUAAAAGCAGAGGAGGGGGAAAACGUCUAUCUCUGUAUUUUACAAUAAUGGCUACACCACUGACAGACAGCGAGAGAAGAAAGCAGAUCAGUGUGAGGGGUAUCGCAGGGUUAGGAGAUGUCGCCGAGAUCAAGAAGAGCUUCAACAGGCAUCUCCAUUUCACUCUUGUAAAAGACAGGAAUGUCGCAACGCCAAGGGAUUACUACUUCGCUCUGGCGCACACCGUCAGGGACCACCUUGUUGGACGAUGGAUCCGGACGCAACAAUAUUAUUAUGAAAAAGAUCCAAAGCGGAUUCACUACCUAUCUCUGGAGUUCUACAUGGGGCGAACUCUGCAGAACACAAUGAUAAACCUGGGACUGCAAAACACCUGUGACGAGGCCAUCUAUCAGCUGGGUCUGGAUUUGGAGGAGCUGGAGGACAUUGAAGAAGAUGCGGGGCUCGGGAAUGGAGGACUCGGCCGGCUUGCAGCCUGUUUCUUGGACUCCAUGGCAUCCUUAGGCCUGGCUGCCUACGGAUACGGUAUCCGAUAUGAGUUUGGUAUUUUCAACCAAAAGAUCUCCAGCGGCUGGCAAGUGGAGGAGGCAGAUGAUUGGCUGCGCUAUGGGAACCCCUGGGAAAAGGCCCGGCCUGAGUUCAUGCUCCCUGUUCAUUUUUAUGGAAGAGUUGAGCACACUGCUCAAGGAGCAAAGUGGCUUGACACACAAAUUGUGCUUGCCAUGCCCUAUGAUACCCCAGUACCAGGAUACAAGAACAACACUGUCAACACCAUGAGACUCUGGUCUGCCAAAGCUCCCAAUGAUUUCAACCUCCAGGAGUUCAACGUGGGUGACUACAUCCAGGCUGUGCUGGACAGGAACCUGGCUGAGAACAUCUCCAGAGUGCUCUACCCCAAUGACAAUUUUUUUGAAGGGAAGGAGCUGCGUCUGAAACAGGAAUACUUUGUGGUUGCUGCCACUCUGCAGGACAUCAUCCGACGUUUCAAGUCCUCCAAGUUUGGCUGCCGGGACCCUGUCAGGACUUCGUUUGAAACAUUCUCUGAAAAGGUGGCUAUUCAACUAAAUGACACCCACCCUGCUCUGGCUAUACCUGAGCUCAUGAGAAUUCUGGUGGACGUGGAAAAGUUAAUCUGGGAGAAGGCUUGGGACGUGACGGUUCAGACCUGUGCCUACACCAACCACACCGUGCUGCCCGAGGCCCUGGAGCGCUGGUCCGUCCACAUGUUCGAGAAGCUGCUGCCCAGGCACCUGGAGAUCAUUUAUGAGAUCAACCGCAGGCACCUGGAUAGGAUCUCUGCUAUGUACCCCGGGGACUGGGACCGGCUGAAAAGGAUGUCCCUGAUCGAGGAGGGAGACCCCAAGAGGAUCAACAUGGCCCACCUGUGUGUGGUCGGCUCCCACGCUGUCAACGGAGUAGCCAGGAUUCACUCUGAGAUUGUCAAAAACACUGUUUUUAAAGAUUUCUAUGACAUUGAGCCAGAGAAGUUCCAGAACAAGACCAAUGGAAUCACUCCAAGGCGCUGGCUGCUGCUGUGUAAUCCUGGACUCGCUGAUGUCAUUGCUGAGAAAAUUGGAGAAGAGUUCCUCACUGACUUGUACCAGCUGAAGAAGCUGCUGAACUUCAUUGAUGAUGACGCCUUCAUCAGGGACGUGGCAAAAGUGAAACAGGAAAACAAAUUGAAAUUCUCAGCCUACUUGGAGGGAGAGUACAAAGUGAAAAUAAAUCUGGAUUCUAUUUUUGACAUCCAAGUGAAGAGAAUUCAUGAGUACAAGAGGCAGCUGCUGAACUGUUUGCACAUCAUCACUUUCUACAACCGUAUCAAGAAAGAUCCAAAUAAGCAGCAUGUACCAAGAACCGUGAUGAUUGGAGGGAAGGCUGCCCCAGGCUACCACAUGGCCAAAAUGAUCAUCAAGCUGAUCACCUCCAUCGCGGACAUUGUGAAUAACGACCCUGUCGUGGGAGAUCGACUCAAAGUGAUCUACCUGGAGAACUACAGAGUAUCGCUGGCUGAGAAAGUGGUGCCCGCUGCUGACCUGUCAGAGCAGAUCUCCACGGCUGGCACCGAGGCGUCUGGCACCGGGAACAUGAAGUUCAUGCUGAAUGGCGCCCUCACCAUCGGCACUAUGGACGGCGCCAAUGUGGAGAUGGCAGAGGAGGCUGGAGAAGAGAACCUCUUCAUCUUUGGAAUGAGAGUCGAGGAUGUGGAGACCAUGGACAAGACUGGCAGUUAUAAUGCCAGAGAGUACUAUGACCGCAUCCCAGAGCUCAAGCGGGUGAUGGAUCAGAUCAGCAGUGGCUAUUUCUCCCCCAAGCAGCCUGAUCUCUUCAAAGACAUCGUCAACAUGCUCAUGAACCACGACAGGUUCAAAGUGUUUGCAGACUAUGAAGCUUAUAUUAGCAGUCAAGAGAAGGUCAAUGAUCUCUACAAGAAUCCAAAGGAGUGGACCAAGAAAGUGAUCAAGAACAUCGCUGGCUCUGGCAAGUUCUCGAGCGACCGGACCAUUGCAGAAUACGCGCGGGAGAUCUGGGGAGUGGAGCCUUCGGAUGUGAAGAUCCCUCCUCCCAACGAGCCCCGAGAGUGAGAGGCCCCGGAGACACAGAGGAAGAUCUCGGAGCACAGCAGUGCUCACUUCAAGGAAGCCAUUCCGCUUUCGAGGGCUCCGGUGACAUCACAGGGCCCCAAUUCUUCAGUACUUCCCUAGUACCGUUCAGUCUUGGCUUUAUAACACAUGAUACUUACUGCAGGUAGGAAAUUAUGAAAUGAGGCUACUUUAAAAGCACUUUCAUAGUUUCAUUAUGGUAUAAAGCAGGGAGCAUUUUCAUCGUCCUUUCUUCAGCACAAGCCGAGUCCUAGCAACCCUCUAGUCAGUGACUAGGUGUGUAGUAUGUGCUAGAAGAAACAGUUAUUUUCAAGGGCUUCCUCUUGUAUAAGAACUGUCAUCUGUAUUGACUUAAGCUGGAUUACGUUUUAAUACAUUUCCAUUUCCAAACUGAUUGUAUUUGGAAGCACUUGUAGUUAAUAUGUUGGUUUAUGAGUUCUACUAUGCAGCAUGUAGGACAUUAUAUGGGAUCAAAUUUCAUUGAGGAAUGGCAAACCCUGAAGCUGACACUUGCUUUACUUGAUACUGUUAUCUUUAGCACAGUUGGUGUGUGUGUGUGUGUGCAGAGCAUGUAGUUUUCUGUUGCAACUAAAGGUUUGCAUUCCUCAACUCAAUGGUCAAGUACUGUACAUUUGUAUGUUGACAGGUUGCGGUGUAUCUCAGUAAAUUGACUGGUCAUUAUUAUUGAAAUUAGAACUGAUAAACAACUUUCAGACUUGUCUGACGCAGACGCAGGGCAUGUUUCAGAACAGGCAUCAAUAUAAAUAUCCUACAUGAGAGGUUUAUCACUCUUAUGACAGAUCGUUAGACUGCAUUAAGCAGUUUCUACUAAUGGAAGGAAAAUCUUUUUAAUUUGAAGGAUUUUAUGUAAAGUGAGCUCUGAUAGAAUUUUUCUAGGAAAUUAAUUUUAGGAAGUUGCCAAGUUCAUGUGGAGUAAAGAUGGAAUAAAGACACCACUAGUGAGAUGUAGUGAAAUAAAAAGUACAAUAAUGCUCAACAUAUGCAGUGGCUUGUUCCUUAGUUCCCAGAAUACACUGGAGUAUGCUGCCCAUGUCAUUACCUGCUUUGGAGAAAAUUGUCGACUUAGGAAUCUAGGUGCAGAUCUUGUCACAAGUGAAAUGAGUUUGGUUAUUUUGGUAGCACUGUAGUUAUGUUGUUCACAUUAUAAUACACCUACCAGUUGUAACAGUCUCCCCCCAAAAGAUCCCCUGCCAUUCAAUCCUGGGCCUGUGCAGACCUGGACGGAGGGACAUUAACAGAGCGCUGCCUGAAACCUGAUGCGAUUGUGUGCUUUGUAGGUUCUAAAGAAAGUACACCUGGUUCAUACAACUAGAGGAUUUUUAACUAAAAGUAAACAAAUAUGAAACAUUUUUAAAAGUUUUUUUUUUUUUUUUUUUUUUAUCCCAGUGUAAUUUCCUGAAAAGAGAAAAACACAUUCAACUCAAGGGCUGUUAAGUACUGUGUUAUUGGGUUUUUUUUUUACAGUCUAACAUUAACCAGUAUUUUAAAAUAAUACAGUGAGGGUGCUGAUGAUUACUGGAGAAUAACUCGUUAAUAACUAAUUUGGAAGUUAGGUUAAGAAUAAUUGGUCUAUAUCAAGUGUGUUUUACUUUCCAAAAAAGUCUUGUGUGAAGCGCUUCAAAUUUCACUGCUUUUUACCUAGGCAAAAAUGUUCGCUGUGCAUGCUUACCCCAUCACCUUUCUAUUGUCUGUGUCUUGUAUCAGCUGUUUGGUGUUUUUAAAUUUAUAGUGCAUAAAUAAAUCAAGGAAUGUA